GUCAUCGACUUAUAUUUAAUGUUUAAGCUUGAACUUUUUAAGGGACUUGACAGAAGCAGAACGUUCUCAAGACCGGCAAGGGGAAAAGAAAAAAGAACCAAGGCAACGUUGGGACUUAGACGACGUAAUGAUGGGCGCCUACCUACAGCUCCAGAUGAGCCCGUCUGUCCUUCUGGUGGCUUUGACGUUUUUCAUGAAAGGUGCCUUGGCUCUGGAGUGCCACAGCUGUGUGGACUUGGGUGAUGGCGGUUGCAGUCAGCAGCGGAUGAAAAAUUUGACCUGCCCAAGCAAUGCCCACGUCUGUGUGGAAACCGUGGCUGCUGUGGAAUGGAGUCACGGGAAGUUCUCCGUUGGCGAAAAGGGUUGCGGGCUGGGCAUGCCAGGAACCAAUGACAAGGCGGUGGAAGUGCACGGCAUCCUGGCCUUCUCUCAGCUCCACCAGUGCAACACGAGCCAAUGCAACGUUAAACUGGACAUCAAAGCACUCCAGCUGCACCCCAUGGAUAACGUAAGUGCUCGGAUUCCCAACGGAGUGGAAUGCUACAGCUGUGAUGGAGACAACUGCACAAUGGACAAGUCUGCCAUUGUCAAGUGUUAUGAUAAUUUCCGAGGUUGUUUCCAUGGCAAUGUCACAAUGAAAGCAGGGAAUUUUUCACUGACGAAACCCAUCAAAGGAUGCGUUCAAGAUGGCGACUGUACCAAGGUCAGGAAAGGGAGUCCUGCCAUCACCCUCUCAGGCUCCUGUUGUUCAGGGAAUCUCUGCAAUACUAAUCUCUCCAACAAGACACACUUCUCCACCUCCAUCCCAAGGCUGGCCUUCCUGCCGGCUGAAGAACCCAAGGAGAACGCAACUGCCACUACCCCUUCGACGUUGGUCCGGGUCAACGCAGCCACAGCGGUAGCUUCCACUUCCGGCAAGCUCACCCGUUCUCUUGCUGUGAGCCCAUCGGUGGGCGGCCCUCAGAAGGACCACAGUCAUGAGCACGACCACGACCAUGACCAUGACCAUGACCACGACCACGACCACGACCACAGUCACGAAGAGGAUGAAAAGAACAAUGUCGUUCAAAAUAGGAAAGUGGUCCCUUCUGUGAAGGUUGAAGAAAGACAAGUUGGUGGGCCGAAGGGAGGCGUAGCAGGCUUGCAGGGGUCAGUCCUGGUGACUUUUCUGCUCCUUGGCUUGUGUCUGUGAAGGUGACUCAAAGGAGUGAAAUGACAUUCAACCUCCUUCCUCCUCCUUUUUUUUUUCUUCUUUGCUAGAUCGAAGCUUAUCACGUACAGCUUUGCCUCAUUUGGUACGAUCGCUCCCGCUCUGAGCAGGAGGUUGGACUAGAAGGCCUCCAAAGUCCCUUCCAACUCUGUUAUUCUAUUGUGUUAAUUCUGUUUUGUCUGCCUGUACUAGGCCUCUUCUCAAGAAGCCGGCAUUUUGGAUGUAAUGUCCGAUUGAUGACGUUUGAGUAUCGGAAAUAAAUUUUCCUUUGGUGC